AUGCAUAAAUCGUUUGAAAUCAAAGCCUCAUGGUGCCGUAAAGAAGGCGGUAUGAUUAAAACAGUAAAGAAGCGCUGGUUUAUUUUAUUUGAAGACUCCCUUAAAUACUUUGCCGACGAAGAUCAGGAACAAGAAAAGGGACAGAUUCCAUUUUCUGUAGAAAGUACCGUUGAUAUUGAUACAACAUAUAAAAUCCAACCAUGCUUCUUCAUCAACUGCCCAGAGCGUAAAAGAGUUUAUCGCAUUUUCCCCGAAACAGAAGUCGAUAGAGACGAAUGGGUAGCUAUGAUUAGCAAUCUCAUCAAUCUAAAGAGGACUUCCGGAAAUCCGAAAUAUAUUACUCGUUUCCCAAGAUUUUUCACUUUCUUCAUUACCCCUUCAGAAUUAUUAUGGAAGAUCAGAAAGGAAGACAUCCCAGAAAUUUCCGUGAUGCUCCAAGACAUCGUAAAUAAAAAUGCGAUGUCAAUCAAUCAACUUGGCCGUAUGGUUGCUUACAUCUGCCAGAAUCGUCUUACAAAGCUCAGAUUAUAUGCAGAUUUAAUGGGCGAAUUCCUUUCAACACAGAAAAAUGUUGAUGGCGCAGCAAUUCUCAAAGAUUGUCCCCAUCUUGUUGCCCUUCUUAUCAAGAGGAGAAAGAUAAGUGGCAAACAAUUAGAAGGAUUCGAGAGCAAGUCCGAAGAUCAGAUCUGUGAUAUCUUUGACCAAGGUUCCUUGAUGAAUGCGAUCUUUUAUGACAAUUUACAGGCCUUCCAAAUCUACGCUGACAAGAAAGAAUUUGAUACUAACCAAGAAGUCGACGGAAAACCACUCAUUAAUAUCGCUGCUCACUACGGUGCUUACAAAGUUUUCAGAUUUCUCUUCAAGACAGUUCGUGUUGACGAAGUUACCCUCAAAGAAGCCGCUUUUGGCGGAAACAAGGAAAUCUACAAGCUCUGCAAGCAAAAAAUUACAACACCACGCGAAGUCAUCGACGCAGCUAUUUCAAAUCACCAAACAGAAAUGGUUUCUUACCUCUACAGCGAAGAAGAACUCGAUUACACCUACAUUUCUUGCCUCAGAUCCAGUAAUUUCCGAGCAUUCUUCGACAGAUUCUUCAAGAACGCAGAUCCAAACUGGAAAGACCCAGAAGAGUGCACACCUAUGAUGGGCGCUGCCUCAGCUGGCUUCCAAUCCUUACUUUUACUCAUCAGCGAAUGCGAAGGAUCAAUCGACUCCCAAGGCAGGGACGGCUACACACCAUUAUGCUUUGCAGCCCAAUACGAUCAGAUUGACUGCGGCAACUACCUCAUCAACAACCACACAAACCUCGAAUCUAAUACAGCAAGAGACGGAACUCCUCUUGUCAUUGCAGCGAAGAACUGCGCGUGGCGAUUCCUCAAACUGCUGAUCGAGGGCAAGUCCAAUGUCAAUGCCACCGACUCACUCGGAAACAGUGCAUUGAUGUACGCGAUCAAAAACAACAAUGAAGAGAUCACACAGUUGUUACUCGAGAGCAAAGCGAAUCCAAACAACUUGAACAAGAACAGAGAUACACCUAUCUUCUACGCAGUCGAUUCUUGCAACGUAAACAUCGUAAGAAUGCUCCUCGAAAGAAGAGCAACAGUAGACCUCAAAAAUGAAAAAGGUGACACACCCAUACAUCGCGCCUGUAAACGCAAUAACAUCAUUAUUGUUGAUUACUUGAUCAGGUGCGGCGCUAAGCUUGAAGAGCUCGACCACCACAACAACACACCUCUCAUGAUUGCUAUGGAUAACAGCAAUUUGGAUGUAAUGAGAUUAUUAAUCCAAAGAGGUGCAAACGCGUCAAAUUACGAUAAAGACGGUUCGACACCUUUAAUGUUUUGUGCGAAGAACAACAAAUUGGAUGCAGCCAAAGUCAUCUGCGAGUGUGGUGUCAAUCCAGAAGUCAUGGAUUACGAAGGAAAGACUGCUUUGAUGUACGCAUGUCUUUUCAACAACGUUGACAUCAUCAGAUACUUGGCAAGCCGCAGAUGCAACAUCGAAGUUAUCGACAAGUUCGGACGUACGCCUGUCAUGCUUUCCCUCGCAUCAAAGAACUUCGACGCAGCAUACGCUCUUGCACAAGCUGGAUGCAAUCUCCACGCAAAGGAUCUCGGUGGAGGAUCAAUUCUUUACUACGCCGCUUUUUACGGUGACACGAGAAUGGCUAAGUUCUGCAUUGAUAACCAGAAAGGAGUUGAAUUGGAUAUCAACAUCGAUAACCAGACACCUUUGAUUCUUGCUGCAACACAACAGAACUCACAACUCGUUGAUAUAUUGGUAGGAGCAGGAGCUUCCCCUGAUGUUUUCAAUCUCAGAGGAAUAACUCCAAUGUGCAUCGCUGCAAUUAACAACGAUUUUGAGACAAUCAAGAGCUUCGUGAAGAAUAAAGUUCCAAUAGAUGGAAGAGACGCGAAAUUAAACACUCCUUUGAUGCACGCGUGCGCUUGCAAUUGCAUCGAAAUCGCUAAGUAUUUAGUUGAUUGCGGUGCACAGAUAGAAGCAAAGAAUUCAAUCGGAGCAACUCCUCUUUCUUUCGCUGUUGCUUCAAACGCAAAGGAAAUUGUUUCUUUCUUGCUGUUUAAGAGAGCAAACGCUAAUAACGUCGAAGGAAACGGAAUUACUCCUUUGAUGAUCACUGUUAUGAAUAAUAAUCCUCAAAUCGCAAAGUUGCUCAUCGAGUUCGGUGCGGAUAUUACUAAGAAGAACAACGAUGGAAAUACGGCUUUGGAUUUGUGUUACGUUCACCAAUCUUCGGAAAUUGAGAAAAUGAUCAAACAAAAGAUGGAAAGAGGUUUCUAA